AUGAACCUUGUCACACAUCGACAGAAGCUCAUUAAGCUGGCGGAUAGAAGUGAGCACGGGUGGAGAGUGGUCAAGGAGUACGAAUCUGACUCUUUGGCCGAGAAUGAAGAUGACGAGAAGAGGAUUGUGAAAGCUGAGAAAGCUGCUGCUUCAGCAGCUGCAGCCAAGAAGAAGAAAGUUGCGGUCAGGCCAGCUGUUCCAAAUCCAGGAAGGAUGCUAGCUCCCCAACAGCAGUUCAAGACCAAUUGGCCCACUAGAGCGAGGUCCUUCUCAUAUCAGCCAGCAGGUCCAUCCUCUUCUAGACCCUUUACUAGUUCUAGACCAAUUGGCCCAUGUUUCAGAUGCAGUGAAAUGGGUCAUCUGCAGAGUUCCUGCCCCAAAUUAGCAGCACCUCAGUAUCCUCAAUUUAGUUGUACUGAAGUAGAUGGGUGGGGUGAGCACCCGUCAGAGAGUAAUGAUACUUUUGUUGAUAUGUCAGCUAGAUAUUGCGAAGCUAGUGAGCAUGGGGUUGAGACAGUAAGGGUUAAAGGGCGGCUCAAACAGCAUUUGCCAUAUUGGCGGGAUGUGUUAAAUCCCUCGACUUAUAUUUUAGAUAUUAUUGAGAACGGUUACAGAUUACCUUUUGUCAGCAUGCCCCCUACUUACAGUGCUUCAAAUCAUAGUUCGACAAGGAACAAUGUUGAAUUUGUUACGGAGUCUGUUAGUGAGCUUGUCAAAAAUGGUUGUGCCAGAUUAGUAGCUCAGAACCAGUUAUUUUGUAAAUUUAAGUAUGAGGAUUUUAGAACAGCCUUGGAUUAUUUUGAAGAAGAUGCAUAUUUAUUUACUUUUGACUUGAAGUCAGGGUAUCAUCAUAUUGAUAUUCAUGUUGAGCACCAAUCAUAUUUAGGUUUCCAAUGGAAAGACCAGUUUUAUGUGUUUACAGUCUUACCGUUUGGGCUUUCCACAGCUUGUUAUAUCUUUACUAAAGUGCUCCGUCCCGUGGUUAAGCAUAUUCGGGCCUUGGGAAUAAGAUUAGUACUUUAUCUUGAUGAUGGGUUAGUUUCUGUGAAAGCAUCAGAAACACACUCUAUUUCUGUCAGUAGAUUAGUAGAGGAAAUCAUAACGAAGGCUGGGCUAGUAAUUAACAGAGAGAAGAGUAAGUUUACUCCUUCCAAGCAAGCUGCUUGGUUAGGUUUUGACAUUGAUUUAGCCCUUGGUGAGAUUAGAGUCUCACGGGAUAAGUUGCAUACAUUAAAGAUUCUGCUACAUUCAAUAAACGAGGAGACUUUGAUUCCAGUUAGAGUGAUAGCUAGUAUUGUCGGUAAGAUCAUUUCUAUGAGCCUUGUUCUAGGAGACAUUGCGAGGCUUAGAACUCGCUGCUUGUAUUCAGUCAUCCUAUCUAGAUCAUCAUGGAGUGAUCAUGUCAUGAUUAUGCCAGAAGCUAGGGACGAAUUGUCAUUUAGGGUUAACAAUAUUGAUAGCUUUAAUGGCAGAAAAGUAUGGCGGGCCCCUGCUGCUGUUCCAGUUGUCUAUUCUGAUGCUAGUGAUACAGGUUUUGGUAGCUACACAGUAGCUCAUGGUGACGACAUUGCUCAUGGCCAAUGGACGCCUCUAGAAUCUCACAAGAGCUCUACUUGGAGAGAAUUGAGAGCAGUUACUUUGACACUUGGGGCGUUUGCUCCACGCCUUUCUGAUCACAGAGUAGGGAGUGGAAAGGAGGAGUUACAGGCGGAAGCAAUUGCUAUUUUUAAGUUAGCUGCCCAUUACAAUAUAUUAAUAGAGCCAGAGUGGUUACCUCGGGAACAGAAUGAAGUAGCAGACUAUUUGAGUCGUAUUGUAGAUUAUGAUGAUUGGGGUCUGUCAAUUGCAGCUUUUUAG